AUGACAGAGAUAUUCAAUAUAGAUGGAAGUGUUUUAGAAGGGGGAGGACAAAUUCUCCGUAAUUCAAUAUCACUAAGUGCCAUUCUAGGAAUACCAGUCAAAGUUUCAAAUAUUCGUGUACGCCGAAGCAAACCCGGUUUAGCGGCCCAGCAUUUAAAAGGAAUCCAAUUAGUGGCUCAAAUGUGUCAAGGUCGACUGAGAGGGGCUAACAUAGGCUCCACAGAAAUAGAAUUUGUACCUGGAAGGAUUAGAGGUGGCCACUAUGUAGCUGAUACACAAACUGCAGGGUCCAUAAGCUUGCUUUUGCAAGUGGCCCUUCCAUGCGCCUUGUUAGCAGACUCACCAGUAACCCUAGAUCUCAAGGGAGGUACAAAUGCAGAUAUGGCUCCACAGAUAGACUAUAUGGAUAAGAUCUUUAGAAAGAUCCUAAACCAAUUUGGUGCUGAUUUCUCAAUGCAAAUCAUAAGACGAGGGUAUUUUCCUCGAGGCGGAGGCCACGUACGCGUGGAGGUAAAUCCAGUGACAUUGUUUAAAGGUAUCAAUAUUUUGGACAGAGGUGUCCUAAAAGCUAUUACCGGUUGGAGUUUUGUGGCUGGGACAUUACCUGUCAAGUUGUCGUAUCAAAUGAGUGAUGGUGCAAGACAGGCUCUGUCUGGAUACACAACAAACAUUCAUUGCUAUAAGGAGGAAAGGCAAAUGGCUCCAGACAAUUGCACUGGAAUUAUCCUAUCAUGCGAGUUCUCAAAGGAUUGCGUAGUGGGUGCAGACGCGCUGGGCAAACGCGGGUUGGAUUCCGUAGAUGUCGGCCGAAAGGCCGGAGAAGAGCUGAGGAAAGUUCUGGAGUCUUCCUCCUGUGUUGAUCUACAUGCACAGGACCAAGUAAUAUUAUACAUGUGUUUGGCGGAGGGGAAGUCAACGUUAAGGAUUGGUGAAGUCACAUUACAUACAGAGACAGCUAUGCAUAUAGCUCAACUUAUUACUAAGACAAAAUUCACAAUAAACCAAGAAGGUGAUAGCAAUGUCAUUGAAUGUUCUGGAAUAGGAUUCGUCAAUAAGAAGAUACCGGAGUGA